CCGUGACUUCGUAAUAAUUGUGCAGAAGUGAUCGGUGCAUGAGCAACAGUUCUGAGUCAAAGUCAGCAGCUCUACCAGAGACCUCUCGUUCCUUCGGUGCACAGGAUAAAAACCCGAUCCCUGUCCGGUGCGUCUCACCGUCACUGCGCGCAUCCCCGUGCUCACACUCAUCCCGUGCGCCUCCUGCACUCCUCGCCUCCCUUUGCUCCGUGCGCGUCCACUCGUCCGGGGAGCGAAGCUUGUUUUUUCCUCCACCCUUAUAAGCGCUUUUACAACAAAAAAAAAACAACCACCGGAUGCAGACAUCGCGUUUAAGUGACCUUUUCACAACACUUUUCUGGGACUCCUUUGACAUCACGUUCCCAGAUGGGCUUCACCCCUGCGCGCUGCACGCUGCACCCCGCCUGCCGGAGCGGAGGAGCGCCGCUGGAGCGGACAGACGCACAACAUGAGGAGGGCAGAGCAGGCUGGUGACCGCGGCCGUGGGGAGGCUUCAAUCCGCCAAGUACAACUGUAGGAACAGCAGAGACCAACUUAACGAGGCAAUUGUGGCUGGUGGAGUUUGUUCGGGAUGGCGCAGAUCCGCUGCUCGGCCCCUGUGCGCUCUUGCUUUGUGAGUUGCAUGUUUAAAGUGUGUUUUUAAGGUUGGUUUACUUGGACUGAGGUGGUUUUUUCUGCAAAGUGAUGGCAGAUCAUUAGCAGCUCACUUUAAAAGCCUAUUUCCCCCGGACUUGGCACGUGUGACGACUCCUCUGCACCCCGUUUCUUAUCCCCUCUUAUCUGACUCCUGACAAUGAUCGCUGAAGGUCACGGUUCAGCGCCUCUCACUUCUCCAAGUCCUGCGCAUCGUUUCUUCUGCGGUUCAGUGAUUCGCAGAUAACUUUUAACACACCAGACUGCAGGAGAUGAUCCCGGCUCCUGAGCUCUGAUCGGUGGAACCACUUUUUUAAAAGUCCCACUUUGGACAAACCGGACUAUGACUGUCGGGCGAAACUUUGCCGUGCGCCCCCGGUGAUCCACUGAAAAGUGUCCAAACCACAGUUUCAACUCGCUGCGGGGCUGAGGAUGUUGGGAAGCCCGUCGAACAACGGCAGCAUCAGGAUGCUGACGCCCACGGCUCCGAGCGACGACCGGCGGGUGGAGUUCGUGGCUCUGACCGCGGUGCACACGGAGCGGAGCGAGCCGUCCACCCCGGAGCGCGGGCACCCGUCCCACCGCACGGGUCUGCUGGGCACCCCGCGGCCGGGGCCGCCGGGACCCCGGGCCCACGCGGCCGCCUCAAACAAGAGCUACAGAAAGUUACAGAACUGCCUGUACAACGUGCUGGAGAGGCCGAGAGGAUGGGCGUUCAUCUACCACGCGUUCAUUUUUCUGCUGGUCUUCAGCUGCCUGGUGUUGUCUGUGUUCUCCACCAUCCCGGAACAUCAGAAGUUCGCCAACCAAGGCCUCUUCAUCCUGGAGUUUGUGAUGAUUGUAGUGUUUGGGUUGGAGUACUUCAUCAGGAUCUGGGCCGCUGGCUGCUGCUGCCGAUACCGUGGCUGGCAGGGACGGCUGAGAUUUGCCAGAAAGCCCUUCUGUGUCAUAGACUUCAUAGUGUUCGUGGCAUCGUUGGCAGUGAUCGCUGCAGGCACGCAGGGUAACAUCUUCGCCACCUCAGCCCUGCGGAGCAUGCGCUUCCUGCAGAUUUUGCGUAUGGUGCGUAUGGACCGAAGGGGAGGCACCUGGAAACUACUGGGCUCAGUGGUUUACGCUCACAGCAAGGAGUUGAUUACAGCCUGGUACAUUGGUUUCCUGGUCCUCAUCUUCGCCUCCUUCCUCGUUUACCUGGCAGAGAAAGACGUCAACUCAGAUUUCAACACCUAUGCAGACUCCCUCUGGUGGGGGACUAUUACUCUCACUACUAUUGGCUAUGGUGAUAAGACCCCUCGUACGUGGCAGGGACGGCUCCUGGCUGCAGGCUUUGCUCUUCUGGGAGUCUCCUUCUUUGCCCUGCCGGCUGGAAUUCUGGGGUCAGGUUUUGCCUUGAAGGUUCAGGAGCAGCACAGGCAGAAGCACUUUGAGAAGAGGAGGAUGCCUGCUGCCAACCUGAUACAGGCUGCGUGGCGUCUCUACUCCACAGACGCCAAACACUCCUAUCUCACAGCGACAUGGUACUUCUAUGACAGCAUGUUGCCUUCGUUCAGAGAACUGACUCUUCUGUUCAGUCACCUCCAGCGACAGCGUAGCACCAAGAAGGUUCUCCACAACUCCUACCACACGCUGCUGUCUGGGCUGCGGCCCUACAGCUCCCCCUACCUGUCGGGGGACAGGAAGGCAGAAGUUCCAUGCAGUCAACUUCUUUCUAAAAAGCGGGGUCUCUUCCGGAUUCACGCUGGCCGCAAGCAGAGCAGUAAAAUGGGCUUCCGGGAUCGUAUCAGAAUGAACAAUUCUCGAUCAUCCCAAAAUAGUCGGAACAAGGCAUCGCCGCUGCCCCCGGGCUCCGGGGUCCGACGCUCUCCCAGCCAGGAGAACGUACCCGAGGCCACCAGUCCGGGGAAGGUGCAGAAGAGCUGGAGCUUUAAUGAUCGCACACGCUUCCGCACCUCACUUCGCCUCAAACCGCGACCUCCUGCUGACGUGGAGGGGGUCGGAGAGGACAGCGUGGAAGACAAACCAUAUUGUGACGUUGCAAUGGAGGAGGUCAUCCCAGCCGUGAAGACGCUUAUACGAGCUGUCAGGAUCUUGAAGUUCCUCGUGGCCAAGAGGAAGUUCAAGGAGACGCUGCGUCCGUAUGAUGUGAAGGACGUCAUAGAGCAGUACUCUGCGGGACACCUGGACAUGCUGGGACGCAUCAAGAGCCUGCAGAUGAGGGUGGACCAGAUAAUCGGACGAGGAGCCGUUCAGCCCGACAAGAAGACCCGCCCAGAGAAAGGAGAGAAGACACCGCCAGAACUGGAUCCACUGGAUGAGCUAAGCAUGAUGGGACGUGUAGUCAAAGUGGAGAAACAGGUUCAGUCCAUAGAGAACAAGCUGGACCUCCUGCUCAAUUUCUACACCCAGUGCCUGAAGAAAGGCUCGUCCAACUUCACCCUGUCCUCCCUCCUGGACCCCGACCUCACCUCCGACUACCACAGCCCCACGGACCAAAGAGACCUCUUCCCCUCCGCCUCCACGCUCAACAUCUCACGGUCCGAUACCGGCAACUUGGAAUGACACUGAUCCAGACGGAGGCCUCCACAUGGCCUCAGCCAAAGCUGCUCACCGGACCCUCCUCUCAACCCACUCGACGAGGAUGGAGAAACGGAGAGGAGCACGUGAACGAUGAUACUUGACUACUGAACCACUUUCCCCCUGCUCACCUCUUGCUUUCUAUCGACGCCGACUUCGAAGCUUCAUCUGUAGAUAAUCCGACUUUGAGCUUUGAAGUUUUGUAAUUCUUUGGAGAAAUCUUUCUCUCUCUCUCUCUGAUCAUUUCAGUUGUUUUUUUUUCUGUGUUGGCCGCUUGAAUCAACUGAUGGAGAGUUUUCUGACUUUGCUGGCAUCACAACUCUGUGAUGGGUACGACCUGUACAUUUUCCAUUCACACCACCAUAAAAACAAAUGUAUAACUAGAAGAGCUGUCUACAGAGAAAUAAUCUGCUCUCUUGGACGGGCAGACUGGCCAGAGAGCCACCUCGCCAAAGCACCAAACCUCCAUGGUUGCCCUCUCCACCCAGACGAUGGAGUUUUAAAUGAGCGAAACCCUGCUUUUAUCGCCCAAACCUGUCACAUGAAAAAAGCUGGAAGAAUGUGUUGGAUUGACUCAUGUGUACAGUUUGCGUUGACCUUCAUUCAUCCUCGACGGAAUUCCGUCUCCUACAAGCCCACUUGCAAAAAAGAUGUUUUGCUUGCAUUGAAGGGAGGAUUUAACGGAGCCAAAAUGUCCUUUAAUGGCUCUAAAAUCCCUCCUCUGCAAUGUUUUAAAAGGCUUCUGUUCCUCUUUAAGUGAUCCCGUAACCAGAGUUUGUUUUUAUAACAUGCCUUGUAAAGCUCUCUGUCUUGCAGCCCACGACCCAAACAUGCAUGUUCCCUCCGAUGAGUCCUGUAGAUAAAGCCUCACCGAUCCUCUGUCAGAAUUUUUCCGACGUCUGACACUUUCUGCACAUCGAGCCUCAGGUCAGGUUUUGUCACGUCAUCCGGUUCAGGCGGUCAUUCGUACUUCACCCCCUCUCUCACUGGAGGGAUCCUUCUCACCUGCUGCAUGCACUUGCAGAAACAUUACGGCCAGUUUCGGAGCGAACAACCUGUAAAGUGUUUGGGUUUGACAUGUGAAUUCCAGGCCUUUAACCUCAUGAACGCUCGUGUCUUAGGAAAUGGUUUCGAGCCUCACAGCUUCAGUACGAACAGACGGGGUGCAGCAGGGUUGAGCUCCAGCCAUCACUUAUAGGUGUUUACUGUCAUUGCCAAUCCCCUGUACUGUCUUCUGUCUUUUCUUCCUCGGAGAUGUUUGACGCACAGAAAAUGCUCUGUGCUCGUGGACAAAACUGGAGACACACACACGAAAUGAAGACAAUUUCUUUACUUAAGUACUUUGGCACUUGAUAAUAACACAUUUUAUGUAUAAAAUCAUCAUUUUGUUUUGAUUUCCUUGAUGUAAUUAUGUUCAUGCACUUAUUUUUGUGUAACCUACGAUAGCAAAUAUAUUUUUUAAUGAUUUUUGUGUUUGAUAAAGUGAAUGUAGGGGUUUAAUUUAACAUAUUUAAUUCGGUUAGAUAUGGUCUCUAAAUAAAUGUAGCCUUUGUUAAAUCAUGGAUGACACAACUGUAACACGCAGCGGAUCAGGUUCACACACGACUCACAAAAGCUCCUGUGUGUUUUUGAGCUCAUCAUUUUCUUUUUGGUGUCGUUAGAUUCAAAUAAGAAAACAUUCGCUCAUACUGUAUUUGGCCAGUGAAAACACUUUCUGUUCCCGAAGGUGUUUCGUUUAUUUCAGUCAAGCCAGUUGACUCAGGUGCUCCACUUCUCCAUUCAAGCCAAGCUCAGACUUCAAACAGUGAAUGUACUUUAUCGCUCGAUCUUUUUUAGGGUCUAGUGCUCUCUCUUUAUCUUCAAGUCUUUGCGUUCGUUCUGAAUAGAAACAUUAGGUACGUGGUUUCAUUCUUUGGCCUAAACGAUAAGAGGUGCCUCGUUGUUAGAGGCGUCGUCACACUGUCACUUCAUCGUCACCUGGAAUGUCCAGCUUUUAAAAAAAAAUGUAUGUGAGACCACUGUAUUGCAUGUUGUUGUUAGUUGUGGCCCCAGUAUUAGAAAACAAGUAAUAAUUAAGGAUGUCUUCUGUAAAGUCUUGAGUCAAGACAUGAAAGGAAAUGACUUGUGCCUUCUAUGUCCUUGUUCUUUAACUGACAUGUCGCGGCUUUUGAUCUCAAACGUAAAAUAUCAGUGCUGCCUCCAAGACAACAGUGUUUCAUUGAGAUAGCAUCCUCAUGAGGAUAGCCAUGCUGUUUUGGUUUUUUUUGCAAAGAAAAUGUUUCACCACAGAAACAUAAUCAAAAUUGUUAUGAACACAUAGUUUUUAGGGGUGUUCGCCUUUUAUGAGGAACUUUAAUAUUUUCGGAGAAUAUUUACUGUAUGUUUAGCGAAUCAUCGCAACUAACCCAGGACCUAGCAUCGACGUCCUUUACUGUGUUUGAACAUUUGUCAGAUCUGGAGGCACGGGCAUUUCUAUCACCGCAGGAAACUCUGCAGGCAUGUCUCCUUUCGUAAAAAAAGCAUGUCAUGUAGAUCUGAAUGGCUUCCACACAACUACCUCUGAGGCCACUAGGGGGCACUAGUCUAGGAAACCAAGUAUGAGAAGCAGUAACCGAUUGUCGAGGUGACUGAAUUCUAUGCAUGACUCAAUUGUGCACGUUCUCUCUUCUCGUUUCACUCUGUUCUUGACGUCCUCACCGUCCAUUGUUCACUGACUUGCUGCCAUUUGACAUUCCAGCUCGUUGCCCUUUAACUGCUCUCUUAGGUGUUGGAGCUGUUGUUGAAAACGAAAACGCGAACAGAUCGAAGCAAUAAGCAAAAUGCUAAGCUAACAAAGUCUUCCAAUUCCAAUUGAUGUAGCUACAUGGUUGAUGACAUGGCGCUUAUCGUAUUUUCUAAUCUAAUGCACACCUCUGUUUGAUCUUUUAAAGAGAUACAAAGAUGUGUAUCUGCGGAGGAUAAAAUUAGCUCACUUGACUAACUUAUUAAUUUAUUUGUUUCAAUAAAGCUCUUUGACUGUA